AUGACUUGCAAUAACUGCGCCAGAACGACGCUCAGUCUCUUCAUCCGCUCCUUCGUAAACUCCGAGCAACUCUUCGCUGCUCGAAGGCCGAUACUACACCCGCAACAAUCGCGGUUUUUGACCGAUGCGCGUCGACCGCGCAAAGCGUCUAUCAUACCCACCGCGGAACCACCAAAAGCGGACCCCGAAAUCGAAGUAGAAGAUGCUCUCACAGGAGAGUUAGAACGAAAGAAUGAGCGUCCGGCAUGGGCAGUGCAAAAGGAGGCUUUAAAAGAGAAACUGGGAGGCGAGGCGUGGAACCCGCGCAAGAAGCUGUCGCCCGACACCAUGGAAGGCAUACGGCACUUGCACAGCACACAGCCCGAUAAAUUUACCACACCCGUCCUUGCAGAGCACUUCAAAGUCUCACCCGAAGCCAUUCGUCGCAUACUCAAGAGCAAGUGGCGACCAUCCGACGAAGAAUACGAAGCGAGGAUGGAGAGGUGGAAUAAGCGCGGAGAGAGGAUAUGGUCCAACUUGGUUGAAAUGGGAAUCAAGCCUCCAAAGAAGUGGAGAGAAAUGGGUGUAGGUCGGACAGAAAAUGGGGAGAUGCCUAGGUGGAAGUCAAGAAAUCGGAACCAGGUGGGCGUCAGAGACAGCAUCAACGACAACUUCAAAGACUAUAUACCCGACGAGGAUCUUAUACCGACAGUGGAUAAGUCAGGUAGGUCGAAACCGACAACUAGCCGCGUACCGUUGUCAGAGCGUUUAUAA